UAGCGUCCUCUGUAGGAUAUUAAUGUGUCACACGUUAAAACUGCAUCGGCUUUUCCACUGGAUUUAUUUCUGUUCUUCAAGUUGAAUUCCGGCUCAUGUCCCUUCUAGCAAUUCACGUCUACAGUUCGAUGUCACAUGACCGGUGAUGUGUGAUGUGUGACGGAAGAGAAUGGAGCGGUUGAGCGGAGUGGUGGAGGAUCAAACAUGAGUGUUUAUUUUAUUUUUUUAUAACUAAGAGUUUGAAUGAAGAUUCCAUGAUCCGAUUUAAACGUUGUGAGAAUGCCGCUGUUCACUAAGAAUAAGAGAAUAGAGCGCGUCAUCUCAACAACUGAACUCUUCAGCAGAUACCCACAUCUGAAGGAACAUGCGAAGCAGUUUGCGUCCAGAUGUCCAGAGCCAGUGGAUCCGAAACACCUGCUGUACGUGCAACAGCGAGAGUUUGCAGCCACCACACCAGCUGACAAUUCUGUCUCUGUUCUGGGGUCUGAUGAUGCCACAACAUGCCACUUAGUUGUGCUUCGACACACGGGCAGCGGAGCAACGUGUCUUGCACACUGUGAUGGCUCCAGCACAUGGACUGAAGUUCCUCUUAUAGUCAAUGCUGUCACUUCUAGAAGUAAUCUUGCUAAAGAGGGCAGACUGGAGCUGCAUCUUGUUGGGGGUUUUGAUGAUGACAGGAAAACAUCUCACGCACUCAGCCUUAAUAUAUUGGCUGCCUUUCAAAAUCACAGAGAAGAAAUUCACCUAGAGACGUGCUGUAUUACAGACAUGAAUGAUGUCAUCAAAGAGGGCAUUCAUCGCCCACUGGUGUAUGGAAUAGGUGUGAAUGUUAAAUCUGGUUACGUGUUUCCAGCUUCAUUUAUAUUUCGAGGUCCAGCGGAGGAGCUUCGAUCUGCACGCACCUUCUCUGGUGGACAGUACUUGUCCACCUCCCCGUAUGCAGAACCUCCUCACUUCAUCCAACACAUCAAAUCCACCAUUCAGUUCCUUCUGGAUCAUCUGACAGCUGACGAUCUGUUUCCUGGAGGACAGCCGCAUUUUUACCGUCGGACUGAAGAGGGCGAGUGGAAGAGAAUUUAUCAGCAGUAGUUUGAACACUGGAGCCUCUGACAUCUGUAACCCACUGAAACUCAACUCAAGGCCUUUGGACGUCUGCCGUUUAAAGUAGAAGCCCCUUUAUACUGAUCUGAAACCUGUUGUGCCAUUUCUCUUGAAAGAGUUAAGAUUGGGAUUAAAGCGCAGCAGGUUGUAGGUUAAUUUUAAAUAGAGUGAAAUAUCUGAUGAUGGUUUUAUUGCCUGCUGGCCCUUACACACAAAUAUGAGACUUUUCUGUUGACAAUUUUAUUUGUAUUAUUUUGUUAUUUGUUAUGGAUGUGAAUGCAAAUAUGUUCAUUUACACAGGGAUCAUAAAACAACUCAUCUGCUUUCAGCACAUUUGUGGGAAACUGUAAAUAUACUGUAGUGUGUUGUUCUUUGCUCAUUGGUGAAGUGACAUAAUCAUUAAAAUAUUUUUGCCAAUUGAAACAUGGUGUCCUUUA